AUGAAUGAUCUGGAUCGUCUCAAUCAAAUUCUUCAAGAUCAGCCAUACAUAGAAGGAUUCGCGCAACCGUCUUCGGUCGAUUUCUCAACAAGAUCCGCAGUCAAAGAGAAAGAUUUAAAAGGGAGAGAGCACUUGGAGCGCUGGUUUCAUCAUUUGUCUUCUUACGAAAUGACUGCGGACACUGUUUCUCGCUCAACGGAUAAUUUUCCACAGCAAAUUUUGGAUCUCCUCGCAAGUUCAACUGAGUUCAACUCAAUCGAACUCGCUCAGCAAUGGAAAGUCGAUCAUCAGAAGUUGAUUGGUGCAAUCAAAAGCUUGCUGGCUAAUGAAGGAGUUCUUGCCACCAAAGAUGUCACUGAGAAGCGCCUAGAGCUGACAAACGAAGGAGUUCAAUUUGCAAACGAGGGAUCACCCGAGUUUCUAGUUUUCCAGUUUGUUGGAACUGAAGGAGCAGCUCAAGCCGAUAUCAUGAAACAACCAUUUGGAAAAAUUGGAAUGGCAAAAGCAAUGCAGGCCAAAUGGGUAUCUGUGGACAAAGGACUUGUUGUACGGAAAAGUACCGACGUCGUCGAUUCGACCAGGAAAUUCUUGGAAUCGUUGAGACUCGGAGAGGAUGUGGAUGAGAAUCAGAAAAAAGAGCUGAAGAAGAGAAAGCUCAUCAGUGAAGUCAAUAUCAAAGGGCUCCUGGUUUCAAAAGGCGAAUCGUUCACCACAAAUCUUGCGAAACAAGAAGCAGAUUUAACUCCGGAAAUGAUCGCAUCAGGAUCAUGGAAAGACAAGCAAUUCAAGAAGUACAAUUUCGAAUCACUGGGAGUUGUUCCAUCUUCGGGACAUCUCCAUCCAUUGAUGAAAGUCCGAUCGGAGUUCCGUCAAAUUUUCUUCUCAAUGGGCUUCUCUGAAAUGGCUACAAACCGAUACGUCGAGUCUUCAUUCUGGAAUUUCGAUGCACUUUUCCAGCCGCAACAACAUCCAGCUAGAGAUGCUCACGAUACCUUCUUUGUGUCUGAUCCAGCUCUCAGCACUAAAUUCCCUGAAGACUACCUCGAACGUGUGAAAACUGUGCAUUCGCAGGGAGGGUAUGGAUCAGCUGGGUACAACUAUGACUGGAAAAUCGAAGAAGCCCAGAAAAAUGUUCUUCGUACUCACACCACAGCGGUCUCAGCCCGUCAACUGUAUCAACUCGCGCAAGAGGGAUUCCGCCCAUCGAAACUGUUCUCCAUUGAUCGUGUCUUCCGUAACGAGACACUAGAUGCAACACAUUUGGCUGAGUUCCAUCAAGUCGAAGGCGUGAUUGCUGAGAAGAAUCUCAGUCUGGCCCAUCUCAUUGGUGUCUUCACAGAGUUUUUCAAGAAGCUAGGAAUCACCAAUCUUCGUUUCAAGCCAACUUAUAACCCAUACACUGAACCGAGCAUGGAGAUUUUUGCAUACCAUCAAGGUCUUGCGAAAUGGGUUGAGAUUGGAAACUCUGGAAUGUUCCGCCCUGAAAUGCUUCUUCCGAUGGGACUGCCAGCAGAUGUCAACGUCGCUGGAUAUGGUCUAUCCUUGGAGCGUCCAACAAUGAUCAAGUACGGAAUCAACAACAUUCGUGAUCUAUUCGGAAGCAAAAUCGAUUUGGAUGUCGUUUACAAUACACCGAUUUGCCGGCUUGACAAGUAA